AGUGGGUGAGGGUCGGAGGGGCGCUGCUGCUGCCGAGGUGUUUAGGGGGCGUGUCCCGCUCGCGACAGUAAAAGAAUGGAGGGACCCUAUAAAUAAGAGGAGCAUCUGCUGUGAAACAGGCACAAUGGCUGCAGUGACCCAGAAGCACUUCUUGGAAGGGCAGACUUACUCUGUCCCUCUGAUCCAACCGGACUUGCGCAGGGAAGAGGCUGUUCAUCAGGUUGCAGAUGCACUUCAGUAUUUGCAGAAAGUGUCUAGUGAUAUCUUCAACAGAAUCUCCCAGCGGGUGGAGGCCAGCCGGAUGCAGCUGCAAGCAAUCGGCGAGAGAGUCUCACUGGCUCAGGCUAAGAUUGAGAAGAUAAAGGGCAGCAAGAAGGCGAUUAAGGUGUUUUCCAGUGCCAAGUACCCUGCCCCAGAGCGGCUGCAGGAGUACAGCUCCAUUUUCGCUGGUGCAGAGGAUCCAGCCACACAGAAAUGGCCGAGGCACAAGAUUCAGAGCAAACACAGACCGCUGGAUGAGAAAUCCUUGCAGGAGAAACUUAAGUACUUCCCAGUGUGUGUGAGCACAAAAGUUCAUCAGGAGGAUGAUGCAGAAGAAGGUCUUGGCAGCCUCCCCAGGAACAUCAGCUCCCUUAGCUCCCUGCUGCUGUUCAACACUACCGAGAACCUGUACAAGAAGUAUGUCUUCCUGGAUCCUCUGGCGGGAGCGGUGACCAAGACCCAUGUGACUCUGGGAACAGAGACUGAGGAGAAGCUCUUUGAUGCACCCCUCUCCAUCACCAAAAGGGGGCAGCUGGAUCGGCAGGUAGCUGAAAAUUACUUCUACGUACCAGAUCUGGGUCAGGUGCCUGAGAUAGAUGUGCCGUCCUACCUACCAGACCUGCCUGGCAUCGCUGCUGAUCUCAUGUACAGCGCAGACCUGGGGCCUGGCAUUGCACCCUCAGCAUCCAGCAGCGCUAUCCCAGAGCUACCCACCUUCAACACCGAGUCUGUGGAGAACUUCAGGCCAGGUCUUCAAGAUGGUGUGCUAGUGCCCCCGCCCCCACCUCCGCCUCCUCCACCCCCUGUGAUGCCAAUUAGUGCUCCCCCACCCCCUCCUCUGCCCCAGCCUGCCUCCCUUUCGAAACAGCCAGCAAGCGAGGCGAGCAGCAGUGCAAUGUCUGCAGCUCCAGUCCAGGGGGCUCCAAAGGAAGUUGUGAAUCCUUCAACUGGCCGGGCCACUCUCCUGGAGUCCAUCCGCCAGGCUGGCGGCAUUGGGAAGGCCAACCUCCGAAGCGUUAAGGAGAGAAAGCUGGAGAAGAAAAAGCAGAAGGAGCAAGAAAAAGUGAUAACCACAGCACAGGGUGGAGACUUGAUGUCCGACCUCUUCAACAAGCUGCUCCUGAGGCGCAAAGGCAUUUCAGGCAAGGGGCCUGCAGCUGCAGGAAGUGCUGAUGCUCCCAGUGCACCUGCUGGUGCCUUUGCCCGCAUGUCGGACUCAAUCCCACCCCUGCCAGCCCCACAACCCCUGGGGGACGAGGAGGAAGACGACUGGGAGUCGUAAAUGCUAUCAUGCCGCAGGCCUGGGAUUGGUUUCCUCUUGGCCAACUGGGAACCCAGUCCAGCUGAGCUCAGCACCUCAGAAAUGGACCAGCUCUUGGAAAUAACUGCUGGUGAGAGGGCACAGACCUGGCAGAGGGAUCCCAUCACUUUCUCUUAGCGCCUACUGUUCCUCAUCUCUAACCACUGUUGAGUAUAGUUAUCAAUGAACGUUACUUCUGCUCUGUUUACUUCCCCUCCCUGACAAAUAGUGCAUUUAAUUUCAAAUUCUGCUGUUCCUGCUCACUCAAUAAAUCCUGCUGUAGCUGGAGGGCAGCUCAUGCUCA